AUGCCCGCUCUGCCACCCCAGCAGCAGCAACAGCAACAGCAUCAACAGCAGCCCCAGCAACAGCCCCAGCACCAGGCACACGGCGGUCCCGACUACUAUGAAGACUACGACCAGGGCUACCUGGAGGCCGCUGCUUACUACGAUGCCGAUUCCAACGCCUUUGUCAUGCCGUAUGCCCAGCCUGUUACCCGUCGUGCCAUGACGCCGCCUCCCAGCGGACGCCAGGGUGGCCCAAUGGGCGGCCCCCGCGGUCCCGGCCCUCGUGGCCCAGGCUUCCGCGGACCCAAUGGCAACGGAGGCACCUUCUCUCCCGGCCCCGGACACGGACGACCUCGUGCCGGCUCGGCAUUUGGACCUCGACCUGAUUCAUCCGCCUCCAACGCAUGGGCUCGCCAGCAGCAGCCCAAGAAGAACCUGCCUCCUCCCGCGCCCCUGAACACGCUCCCCACGCCCUCCAAGCUGGCUGAUGAUUCAUUCGCCAUCUUCAACGCGGCCGACUUUGCCCCUCCGACCAGCAUCAGGGACAAUGUCGCAGGCCGAAGCCAGAGCCCCUUUGGUGAGAGGAAAGCUUUCUUGCAGCCACCGACUGCCGGCUCACAGCUGGCUGGUGCGUUUGAAGACCUAGCACCUCUGCCAAGCCCGCACUUGCUCCGAAAGUCGGGAACCUUCACAGGGCUGGACUUUGCCCCUCCCAAGAAGUUCAGAGACCCCGAGGUUGCCAGCGACGCAGGCAGCAUCAGGAGUAACAAGAGCGGCAUGUCCCAGGCGCAACUUCAGGCCAUCCGAAGCGGCGCCGGCCGCGUCAGCCGCCUUCCAGGCGACGUGGUGUUCACACCAGCCGCCAUGGACGACCAGCUGAAGCCUCAAUGGAAUGUGCGACCUUGA